AAAUCCUGCGUACUCUGAGAACCUCAGUAUGGGAAGACUAUGCUUAUCCGCCGCAGCGCUGGUACCAUUCCUUUCAUUGAACGUCGUGGCCUUAGUUCCCAUGCAUCGGCAAAAGUUUCAGUCUAGAGUCACAACGAGAAAGACUGUUUCGUCCAGCGCUGGGGCAUUGUUUCUUAGCACCGAGACAGAAACUACCAAAACGGUGACACCGGGAAACGAAGGGGAUGUGAGGGAAGCAAGCGGCAGUUUAACGGAUCAAUUGGCCAUUGCGGAGAAUAAUCCAUCAUUCUCGUAUGGCACUUUCGCCAAGCAGAAUCCCUUCGCCAACAAUCUUCUUAUUGCGACUACCAAGACGGCGGCUGCUGACUUGUUGGCGCAAACUGUCAUUUCUCAGACACCCCUGGCCGAGCUGGACCUACAACGCAGUUUGCUCUUUUGCUUGUUCGGAGCCGUCUAUCUCGGGGGAUUUCAGUAUCUGUAUCAGGUACAGAUAUUCAAAAAGCUGUUCGACAUCGACAAAUUUACCUCGCAACCGUGGGCGGACAAGCUGAAAGAUGGUCCGGGACUUCAGUCACUAGCUGCCCAAACCGCUUUGGAUCUAACCAUUUUGACCUUGAUUUACCUGCCCACCUUUUACGUGUUCAAGGCUAGCGUUUUUCGUGGUUCGCCCGACCCUGCCGUAUGGAUAGGUUCAGGUCUGGAAUCAUGA